AUGUCUUCUUCUUCGUCCAUUUCGUCCGAUACGUUGGCGUUGCUGGAAGCGGGGUUUAUCGGAGACGUCAUAUGCACAACACUUGCUUAUUUGCAAGAAAAUGAAGACGAAAGUCCACGCUCAAAAUCAAGAAAUCCUCAUUUACGGAGAAAUAGUGAAGUCAAGCACAACCAACUUGUGAAGGAUUACAUUGCCAAUGAUGAUGUGUACAUGGAAAAAUUCAGGCAUCGGUUCCGGAUGUGUGUGGUAUUAUUUUUACGCAUUGUUGAUGAUAUACAAAAUCGAUUUCCAUAUUGUCGGCAGCUGGUUGAUGGAAAAUGUAAGAAAGUUUUCUCCACAAUUCAAAAAUGUACAACUGUAAAUUGUCAACUAGCAUUCAGCAUUGGACCAAACUCAUGGGAUGAGUAUUUCAGGAUAUUAGAGAGAACGACGUGGGAUUGUGUAUACAAGUUUGUUAAAGUUGUGAUUAUCCUCUAUCGCGACCGCUAUUUACGCAAGCCUACAACUAACGACAUCCAACAACUAUAUGCAACACAUGAAAACAAACACGAGUCCGUGUAA